AAAGUCCACGCGCCGCCAGACGGCCUCGGCAAAGCGCCAGCGUCAAAUGCAGAAAAAACGAGAGCCGAAGGGGAACGAUGGUCUUCGUCGAUUUUCUUCCCCAUUUCGAGCUUUCACUCGUGUAGGGGCUGUUGACGCGUGCGCAGACGCAGGCGCACUGGCGGCCCAACCCGUUUUCUCUACCCUUUUCACACUUUCCCUUCGCAAGAGAGGAUCUACUUCCGGUAGCUGCCCGGAACCGGCCUUUGCGAAGGGUGCUUGGGGGAGGGGCGCGUCUACUAGGCGGCUAUGGCGGCGGGAAGUGGGGCUAGUUGUUUGGAGGCGCUGGGCCCCGGGGAGCUGGUGUCGGCGGCUCACGCGCUCUCCCUGCCGGCCGAGGCCUAUGGCAACGACCCUAACAUUGAGAUGGUUUGGGCCAUGAAGGCUAUGCAGCAUGCUGAAGUUUAUUACAAUUUGAUUUCUUCGGUUGACCCCCUGUUCCUAAGACUCACUAAAGUGGAUGACCAGAUCUAUUCAGAGUUCCGGGAUAACUUUGGGAAGCUCAAGAUAGAUGUGUUGGACCCAGAAGAGCUCAAAUCGGAACCAGCUAAAGAAAAAUGGAGACCAUUUUGCAUGAAGUUUGACGGUAUUGUUGAAGACUUUAACUAUGGCACACUGCUGCGGCUGGACUGUACUCAGGGGUAUAGUGAAGAAAACACUAUCUUUGCUACAAGGAUACAAUUUUUUGCUAUUGAAAUAGCUCGGAACCGGGAAGGUUAUAACAGAGCUGUUUACAACAGUGCUCAGCAGAAUGGAGCAGCCAAGAAUGACAGCACUGUGUCCAGGUAAAGACUGCAGCAGCUACCAGUUGUUCAGAUCAUGAAGCCUAAUGUCCAAGAGAAUUUGCAAGAACCUUUGUGGAUUAAAGAAACACCAUCAUUUGGCACCUGCUCUAUUUAGUUUCCUGAUUGGACCAUUGGAGGUGCCACAAAACUCUUCUCAGGGUGUGGUUGAAAAAAAGAGGCAGUGUUCAGAACUGUUCAAGGAGCAAUCAAUAAAAACAACUUUGAUCUUCUAGUAUGGAUAUAGGCCAUACCUUAAGAAAAUAUACAAAAAUGCAAGACAUUUGUUGGGUAUAUUCAGGAACUGUUACAAAAAGGACAUUCUUUAUAUUUUACUCUUCCUGGAUCUUUCUCAGGAGUAAGCAAUUCCUGAAAUGUAUGUGCUCUUUUAAUUGCUCUAACUGUAGGGCAAUUAUACAACAUCAAUGUUUCUCUAUCUCUUGUAUAUUUGUGGAUUAACAGUUUAUACUAUUUCCUGUAAUGUGUAGAAGCAGGUUUGGUUACAGUGGUAAAAGUACUGCUCUCCUGUUAUCUACGGGCAUUAUACCAGUCAUUAUAUGCUUUAAUGUCCAUACCAUGGUUAGAACACUUAAAACAACUGGAUGAGAAUAAAUUCAGUAGAAACCA